GUGUACAUGGGAAAUGUGGCAUCAGCUGGAACACGCCAGGCACCUACACGUCAAGCAGCACUUUUUGCAGGUCUUGAUAAAUCGACCCCAUGUACCACAGUCAACAAGGUGUGUGCAUCAGGAUUGAAGUCAAUAAUGAUUGCAUCUCAAUCUUUGAUGUGUGGAUCCCAAGAAGUGAUGGUUGCUGGAGGAAUGGAAAGCAUGUCCAAUGUUCCUUAUUAUAUGCCCCGAGGUGACACUGCUUAUGGAGGUAUUAAUCUUCUAGAUGGAAUUUUGUAUGAUGGGCUGACAGAUGUCUACAAUAAUUUUCACAUGGGUAACUGCGGAGAGAAUACAGCAAAGAAACUCAAUAUUACACGUGAAGAACAAGAUGAAUAUGGUAUACAGAGUUACAAAAGGUCUUCAGAGGCCUGGGCAAGUGGGGCUAUCCAUAAUGAAGUGGUAGAAGUGACAGUGCCUGGUAAGCGUGGCAAACCCAACACCGUGGUGAAGGAAGAUGAAGAAUAUAAGAAAGUUAAUUUUGAGAAAUUUAAGAAACUUCCCACAGUUUUCCAGCGUGAGGGAGGCACAGUAACUGCUGGGAAUGCUUCUACUCUGAAUGACGGAGCAGCUGCUUGUGUUUUGAUGACAGCCCAGGCUGCUGACCGUCAUGGUGUGAAGCCUCUUGCUCGUGUUGUAGGAUUUUGUGAUGCUGCCACUGACCCCAUUGAUUUCCCAAUUGCUCCAGUCUUUGCAACAAAAAAGGUACUAUAG